AAUGAUUGGGGCAUCUUCUGUGCAGUGUGCGUUACAACAAAAAAGGAUAGAAAAUCUAAUCUCUCUCACUUCACUUAUUCGCAUUAGGCAAUUUUCCAGGGAAACAAACACUGGCUUCUAAGCUUCAAGCUUGCGCUUGAAGCAAUCAAUUCGAAGAAGAAACUCUGAAAUGUAUAUGAUAUUCAAGCUUUUGCUUCUUCAGACUGAGAAAUCUGAGGAAGGCGAGUGGGAUAAGGAGAGAUAGCGAAGCACGGAGAUUUUUUUUCCGGAGAGUUGAAGUUUUUGAAGAUUUUGAUCUUUAGGCGUCAUUCGCGGAAACCGUUUUGAGCAAUGGCUGCUACGGUGGAAGCGAAGGCGGUGUCUGGGAUCGAGAUUGAGAUGCAAUCAACUUCGAGCGCUAAGCAUCGGGAAGUGGAAUUUGCGAAAUGCGAUUGCUGUGGAUUGACUGAGGAGUGCACGAUUGAGUACAUAGAACGCGUUCGCGAGAGGUACCAAGGGCGUUGGAUUUGUGGACUUUGCGCGGAGGCGAUCAAAGAUGAGAUUGUGAGAUCGAAGAGGCUGAUCAGCGCCGAAGAAGCGCUCAAUCGGCACAUGAACUUCUUCAAACGGUUUAGAUCUUCAAAUCCGCCUAAUCAUACUGAGAGCUUGAUCUCUGCUGUGAAACAGCUGCUCUUGCGAACUCUGGACUCCCCGAGAUCGCUGAGGAAAGGAGGAUCCAUCUGUGUUUCGUCAUCAUCGGAAAGCUGUUUAUCGUCUCUGGAUGGUUCGACAAUGGAGCCAUUAUCGGAUUGUUGAGAUUCGGAAAAUCCAAUAAUUGGAGUAGAAGGUAGCACAAACUAAUAUCUCUUCAUUCCUCAAUUAUCUAUCUUUAGUGAUUAUUAGCCUGGUUUAAUGCUAAUUGCUCUCUCAUGGACAUUGACUGACUGAAUGAAAGGUAAGGAACAUCUUCCUGUCUGUGACUUCAAUCCAAAUAUUUUCUGCCACUUCUACUUAA